AUGGCAUCGCUGCUCGCGCCGCCCCUCGGCGCCUCGACGGCGGGAAGGCGGCCGGGGCAGGGCGGCAUACAAUACCGGGCCCCGUCCGCCGUGGCCUACGGAAGGCCCGGGCGGGCGGUGCGGGCGCACAAGGUGGAGAUCGAGCACGAGGGGCGCUUCCACGUGAUUGAGGUGGAGGAGGGGGCUACGAUUCUGGAGACUGCGCUGGACAUGGGCGUGGAGCUGCCGCACGACUGCAAGAUGGGCGUGUGCAUGACCUGUCCGGCGAAGCUGGUUGAGGGGGAAGUGGACCAGAGUGGUGCGAUGAUGAGUGAAGACGUUGCGGAGAAAGGGUUUGCCCUCCUUUGUGUUGCUCAGCCUCAGACUGAUUGCAAAAUCAAGACAUGUUCAGAGGAUGAGUACCUUGACGAGCAGCUUGUCACCAGCAAACAAUGA